CUGGUGCUGGUGCUGGUGCUGGUGGAGGAGGCAUGUGUACAGUAAUUCCCAAAGUUUCAUUUCCGGUGCGCGUUACGGAUGGAGUUCGUUUACUCUCUUUUUUUACUUUGCUUUUUUGUUUUGGCUUUUAGCUUUUAUGGUUUUAUCUUGUGUGGAGGAUGCAGCGGAUCGGAUGGAUGGAUGGAUCGGAUGGAUGGAUCGGAUGGAUGGUGGAAUCUGGGGUUUUGUUGCUCUCCUUCUCUCCUUCUCUCCUUUUUUUUGCUUUGUGUUUUUGUGUGGUUUUAUAGCUUUGCUCUGCUCGUUGGAUGUGAUUUUUUGUGAGUGGUGAUGGUGGGGAGGGGAGGAUAAUUGUA